GCAUCAGCUUCCACCUCAUCUUCCAAAUACUCCUCCACCCUCAAAACCACCUCCUUUCUCACGCGUCUCGACAGGUAUCCAGCAACAUGCACAAGUCUCUGGUUCUCCUCGGUGCUUUCCUUUUCAGCGCUGUCGCUGUCCAGGCCGGUCCUCUCCCCGGUGGCUCCUGGUGCAACAAGCCCAAGAACGAGCCCUUCUGGGGCGCUUCCACCACCAGCUGCUGCAACGGUUGGAUGGACAGCAACCGCCGUUGCCACGACAUCCCCAACUGCCAGGCUUUCUACACCUGCUGCAUCGACAAGUGGCACAGCGCCAACAAGCCCACCGACUCGUGCUAGGGGCUGAUGUCCUCUUUGUGACCCCAUGUAGCACCUUCCUAACUCUCCCAAGGGAACUGCGCUCCUGGAAUUAUCUGUACCAAUGAAAGAAAUAAAGAGUGCUGACAGUAUUCCCU